CCUCAAGGUGUCUUGCCCUAACAAUCUCCAAUAGAUAACAAGACGGUGGGAAGAACGUGAGCUAUAGGUCGGAGAUGACAACAUAAGAUAGAGGAAGAAAUCGUGAGUGUAACCUCCUCCGGAUUAUCCCAAUUUCGCCAAAAUAGCCGCUCAUCCCCCACACCUUACACCGGUAAAGUCAACACCGUACACCGGAACACUCCAACCUCAUCUUUUAACGAUCGGCUAGGUUGUAUAUCAUCAUUGCCGUCCAUCUCAUAACCACCUGCAGCUCAACAAAAAUACCAACAACUUUCACCUUUGCUCCAUCUCAACGGCCAAUCUUCAAAGUUGUCGGACGUUUUCACUCACCAUACCAACCUUAUCAUCGAGGCGAAUAUCAACAAGUGAGAAAAGGUUCGGAAAAAGAUAAUCAAUCACCCACUCGGAGACUCUGUACCAACUGUUAUAAUCCAAUCGGGAGAAGAAGGUCUUGGGGAAAUUGACGAAGAUGGAAUUCGAAUCUGAAAAGGAGAAAAAAAUGUUACCAAUGGUGGCACUGGCCGGUUGGCCAGAACCUUUAUUCGUAGCUCUUGAUCAAGAAGCUUGGGAGAAGAGUAGAAAAUCUAAUAAUUCUUCACCUCUCUCAACACCGAUAUCAACUACUUCGGAUAAUUCUUUAUCGAUACUUUCCACCUCUUCCUCAGUUCUCACCACUUCCACAUCCCCUUCAUUCGUCAUCAAAUCUAAACCUUCCGCUAUUGACUCUUCGAUAAAACACUCAUCAUAUUUCACUUUUCAUCCUUCAUCAAAACCUUCAUCAACCUUAACAAAACCACCAUCUUCCACACCUCAGUCGCCACCUCCCACGACUUUCUCAAGAUCGCCAACAAACAAGAACCCUUCCAAUUUGAUCAUUUCGAAAUCAAAUCCCCGUUCUACCCAUAAAGUCAGAUUCGCACCUACUUCCACAAAAACUCAUACGUCUUCUACUCCCAGAUCACUUUUAGCUCCCACUUGGUCAGAAUAUCCUUUCAGACCUACCCGACCUCCUGCUCCCGUCUCCGCUAAAAUCCCUAUCGUAUCCCACUCUCAAAUUACACCGUAUUCUUCAUCAUCCAAAUCCACGCCGCCGAAUAGUACACAACCCUCUUCUUCGACAUCUCACCUCCCAGUCGCGCCACCCCACCCCACGUCUCAAACCCAGAAGGGACGACCCAAUCAACGGUCUCAGGAAACGAUGUCGACGGGAGCUAUACCACCGUCGACUUCCUUGUCAACCCAUGGUGGAGAAGAAAAGAGCGGAGUAUCUGUGUCAGAGAAGAACAUGAAGUCAGAUGAAGACCCUAGCAUACCUAUCCCUCCCAGAGAGAGCAUAUUCUCUUCUUCAUGCGCCUACUCUGCCCAUUCACCAUCAGGAUGUCAAAUCCCCGGUCAUCCCAAUUGUUGGUCUGUCCAUCCUCCUUCUUCUCCUCAGAGCCAAAAGGUUUCAUCAGUCAAACCCAAAGACAUUCUCACGCAAUUCAAGAUUCCCUUUUUGCCUCAAAAGAAAUCAUCCCCGAAUGACAGAUUCACAAGCUCCGUUUCUUCCAUGUCCGCCUCUACUCACAUCACAAAACCAAUGUCCCAGACGCCCGCCGAACAGCCGCUCAAGGAUGACUAUGUUCGUAUAGCAUCCGGAUCGAGGUCGAAAAGGGAAGUUUACCCUUCGACCUUCUCUCCACCAGAUAAGCGCCGACGGGUCGACCGAUCGACUGUGACUGACGUCGGUCGGGACUCUCUCGUAGGACACAGUGAUCGUCCUAUCAAGAAUGGGAACAAUGUGGGAUAUGGGAAUGGAGGGGAAGUAAUAAUUGGGGAAGAAAGAGUAAUAGGAAGUAAUGAGGUAGGCUCGGGGGAUAAUGAAGAGGAAUCGGAAAAAAGACGGAAAGGAGGACAAGACGGGGAAGGGAAAAAGAAAGAAACUUCUCAUACCCCUUAUCCUCUCAGUAUCGCCACUGCUUCUCUUCGAACGUCCAUCCCGAUCCGACCUGCUAGCACCAUUCCAGUUUCUGAGAAGACGACGGUGAUGCGUUCUCGAAAUACACGUUGAUCAUGAUCACGGACAUUCGAAGAGAGAGUUGGUCAGGACAAGCAUUGAAUCUAUUACUCUAGUUGAUUUGAAGUAAUGAUAAUCACUUGAAAUCUAAAACCAUCCCGCUCAAAUGUUAACAUGCAUGUGCAUCUCGCUCUACUUUUGUUUCAACUCCUAUCGUAUCCCGCUGGUCGCUUGGCAGUGUCUAGUUUCACUAUGUAUGUUAUACCCUU